CCCUAGUCUUAGAUAACACGUGGGCCGAGGGAUGUUUUCAUGGGUGGCUAGGGGAAAUACACCCACCUAACCCUGAAAAUAAAAGCCCCUGUUGUCCCCCUCUGGACAAAUCACUGCAUGGUGCUUUAGAAGACUCAUCUAGAAGGAGACUCUGGUCGUUGGUGCAUCUGAAAUACCUUGUUUGUGUCUGUGGCCUAUAGACCACCAUGUCUGUCCUAACACAUGUGCUGGUCUGCCUGUUUGGCCUGGGUUCCUGGGUGACCAUCUGUGGCCUGUGGGUGGAGUUGCCCGUCAUCGUGCCCCAGAUCCCCGAGGGCUGGUACCUGCCCUCCUACCUGUCGGCGCUGAUCCAGCUGGCCAACGUGGGUCCGCUGUGCGUGACCCUGGCCCACCGCCUGUGCCCCGGCCGGCUGAACGAGUCGGCCCUCAUCUACGCCAUCGUGAGCCUGGCCACCGUGGCCACCUUCCUGCUGGCCUUCUUCUGGCGCGAGACGGCGGAGGUGGCCGGGGCGCCGCGCAGCGUGGCGCUGUUCGCGCUCACCUUCCUGGUGUCGGCGGUCGACUGCACCUCCUCGGUCACCUUCCUGCCCUUCAUGAACCGCCUGCCGCCCGCCUACCUCACCAGCUACUUCGUGGGCGAGGGCCUGAGCGGCCUCCUGCCCGCCCUGGUGGCGCUGGCGCAGGGGGUGGGCGUCAUGCGCUGCGUGAACGCAACCGCCGCGGUGAGACACGCCAGCGAGCCGGCGGGCAACGCCAGCACGCAAGCAGGGGUCAUCCUCCGCUCUGUGAACGUAACGACGCAAUUGGACUCUUCGUGGUUUUCCAACGCCAGCGCGGCGAUCGACGCGGCGGGCGCAGGCGGUCUGGUGCCGCACUACCAGCCGGCGAACUUCUCGGCCCAGGCCUUCUUCUUCUUCCUCACCGCCAUGAUGCUGGUGUGUCUGGGCUCCUUCCUGCUCCUCAACUGCCUGCCCUGUGUGCCCUGCGAGCCGCCGGCCUCCGUCAGGAAGGAGAGCAGGAAGCCCAAAGGCAACAGGGCCGAGCAGAAGUACACCAUCGCGUCGUCGGCCGGCUCCAAGCUCCGGCGUAGCCCCUUCGGGUCGGGUCGCUACAGCUGGCCAGAGGUCAUCUACAUCUUCGGCGUCUUGGCUUGGGCCAAUGCCUUGACCAACUCUGUGCUCCCGUCGGUGCAGUCCUACUCCUGUCUGCCGUAUGGCAACGUGGCCUACCACUGGUCUGCCACCAUGGCUGCCGUGGCCAACCCAGUCGCUUGUUUCAUUGCCAUGUUCUUUCCCAGAAGGUCUCUCUUCCUCAUGGGGAUACUCACAGUCACUGGGACAGCCGUUGGUGCUUAUAUCAUGGGCAUGGCUGUGAUGAGCCCCUGUCCUCUCCUGGUUGAUGAUAUAGCAGGGAGUGUCAUCAUUGUGGGAGCCUGGGUCCUCUUUGUCCUCACCCUGUCCUAUGUGAAGGUGAUCAUUGGACUGAUCUUGCGUGAUGAGGGUCACAGCGCCCUCGUGUGGUGCGGUGCAGUGGUGCAGUUUGGCUCCAUGGUUGGGGCUCUCACAAUGUUCCCACUGGUAAACGUAUAUAGUCUCUUCAAAUCUGGUGACCCAUGUAAUACCUGGUGUCUGUAAAUGUGCUGUAGGCUAGUCAAAUCACUGAAUGAUCAGUGAUAUUUUUACAUCACAGUCUCAUCACCUCUCUAGUCUUGCAGCUAGUAUGUAUAGGCCUAUCUAUGGCAUAUGACAGAUUACAUUUACCUCUGAUUUCUUGUCCUGCCUAUUUGAUAUACACUCUUAACAUGUCUACAAUACAUUUUUAGCAUCAUGAAAAAAAUGUAUUGGAUUAUAAUGAGCGUACAUUUUCAUGGGGACCAAAUGUAUGAGGAGGUAAUUCUGAGUAAAUCAUUUACAACGAAAUAAUAGCACAUAACGUGUUGCUGUGUCAACGUGGUUUGCUUUUGUUUUAUGCCACUAAGCAUAAAGAAAUCACUUCUACAAUGGAGUGGGUCCCUGCAGAUAUACUGUAAAAAAAGGACAUUUGCAACAUCAGCAACUAGGCAGAAACGUAUCUCAAUAAUCAUCAUUAACAUCUAUUCGAUGGCUGUUAUGACUUUAUUCAACAGUUAUGCAAAAUGUCAGCUACAC